AGGAGGGGGCGGCGGCGGUGGAGGAGAAGAAGCAGCAGCAGCAGCGGCUUUGUUGGCUCGGAGAGGAGCGGCGCGGCGGGAAGGAGCGGUGGUUCGGGGGAGAGCCCACCAUGGUGCAGCAAGCAGAAAGUACGGAGGUGGAGAGCAACCUGCCCCGGGAAGCGAUGGAUACAGAAGAGGGCGAGUUUAUGGCUUGCAGCCCGGUGGCUUUGGAUGAGAGCGAUCCGGACUGGUGUAAAACGGCGUCCGGGCACAUAAAGAGACCGAUGAACGCCUUCAUGGUAUGGUCUAAGAUCGAGAGGAGAAAAAUCAUGGAGCAGUCGCCGGACAUGCAUAACGCGGAGAUUUCCAAGCGCCUGGGCAAGCGAUGGAAAAUGCUGAAGGACAGCGAGAAGAUCCCGUUCAUCCGGGAGGCGGAGAGGCUGCGGCUCAAGCACAUGGCCGAUUAUCCCGACUACAAAUACCGGCCCAGGAAAAAGCCCAAAAUGGACCCAUCGGCCAAGCCCAACGCCAGCCAAAGUCCGGAGAAAAACGCACCCACCAGCAGCAGCAGCAGCAAAAGCUCCAAGAGCUCCAGCAAGAAGUGUAGCAAGCUGAAAGCCUCCUCCACCUCCUCGCCCCCCAAACCGGGAGCCAAAGCCGCCCACCACGGGGACUACGCGGGGGACGAGUACGUCUUCGGUAGCCUGAAAGUGAGCAGCAAGACGGUCAAGUGCGUCUUCAUGGACGACGAGGAGGAGGAGGACGACGACGACGACGAGCUGCAGCUGCGGAUCAAGCAGGAGGCGGCGGAGGAUGAGGAGGACGACGAGGAAGCGGGGCCACAGCAGCUGCGGCGGUACAACGUGGCCAAAGUACCGGCGAGUCCCACUUUGAGCUCCUCGGCGGAGUCCACCGAGGGGACGAGCCUGUACGAGGAGGUGCGGGGCGGUGCGACGGCGGGCGGCGGCAGCAGACUCUACUAUAGCUUCAAGAACAUCACCAAGCAGGGCCCACCACCACCUCAGCAACAACAGCAGCAGCCGCCCGGCCUCUCCCCGGCUUCCUCCCGCUCCAUUUCCACCUCAUCGGCCGGUAGCGAGGAGGCGGACGAUCUGCUCUUUGACCUCAGCCUCAACUUCUCCCAGCACGGCCACGCCGCCGCUGAGCUGGGGGCGGGAGCCGCCGCUGGGAAUCUUUCCCUUUCGUUGGUGGACAAGGAUCUGGAUUCCUUCAGCGAGGGGAGCCUGGGUUCUCAUUUCGAAUUCCCCGACUACUGCACCCCGGAGCUGAGCGAGAUGAUCGCAGGAGACUGGCUGGAAGCGAACUUCUCCGACCUGGUGUUCACAUACUGAGCUCGGGGGAGGAGGAGGCGGCGAGAGCUGGAGCGGCGCGACGCCGGAGAUGCUGAUGAUGCUGAUGAUGCUGAUUAAAUCGAGAAAAAAAAAAAAAGGCUUGUUUUAUUUUCCUUUUUAUUUUUUUUUUUCCUUUCACACACUAAAAAAAAAAAAAAGAGAGAAAAGUUUCGAAGUUAGUUCCGAGCUCGGGAGUUGUGAUUGUAUAUUUUUUUUUUUUCAAUUAUUUUUACUCUCUUUUUUUGAUUUUUUUUAAUUUUUUUUUUUUUAAUUGCAUUUGGUGAUCACGACAACAACAAGCAAAGGCAAAUGGGACUGGGGGAAAACAAACGAAACAACAACAAAAAAAAAAAAGAGAAAAGAAAAAGAAAAUAACGAUCCAGAAGGCGCUGUUUGAAGCUUUGUCGGUCUCUGAUUGAAGUCUGGAAGAUGGUCUGCAGGAGAAGUCUUUUGGCAGCACAACUGUUACUCAAGGGGGUUUGUGGAUUUUUUUUUUUUAUUAUUAUUAUUAUUUUCCCGUGAGAGAUCUUAAAGAACUGAAUUUUUUUUUUUUCCUUAUAUCGGUUUUAUUUGUUUUGUUUUGUUGUUUUAUCCGGAAGGGACCAUUGCAACUUCUUUGUUUUGUUCUUUCUUUUUUUUCCCUAAGAAUCGUUAUUAUUUGGAGGGAGAAAACUGAUGUCUUCUAUGCAUCCGAUUCUUAAAACAAAGCUGCAGGGAGCUUGAAAAAAUGCAGACUGUACAAACGCUUAACAAAUAACUGAACUGACUUUUAACGAUCAGAGUUUACUUUUCAGAUCAAAUUGUUUAUGGUUUUACAAAUGUGAUUUCUACUUGCCAACUCUUGUUAUUAUUAUUAUAUUUUUUUUUGCUCGUUGUUGUUAUAAUUUUUUUGUCUAAAAAAAAAUAAUAAUUGUUUUUCGGUUUUGUAACUUGUUCCCUUUAUACCUCCUUGAUUGAAUACCAGACAGCCUAGACCUCAGUACAAAAAGGUAUUGAAACAUUUUUGAUACAUAACAGACCUCAGUCUUUUUUAAAAAUUAAUAUAUUUUCAGGCGUAUUUUUGUACAGUGAAAAGGGAACAUUCUUGCUGUGUUUUUUCAGUAAGACUUUUCAGGCACUUCUUCCCUUUUAUUUUUCUUUGAUUCAAGUUUGGUUUUUUCUUUUCCUUCUUUAUUUCUCUUUUUUUUUUUCCUCCGUUUUUAGCAUGCAAGUUUGUUGGUACGUUUUAAAAGGAUUAAAAAAAAAAUUAAAAAGGCAAAAAAAAAAAAAGGGCAAAAAACCGAACAAACAGGAAAAAUAAUAAUCCUUGCAUCUAAAGGCCUUGUGGUUUUAACAUAAAAAAAAAGGAAGAAAAAAAAAAGAAACAAACAAAAAAAGAAACACUUUUUUUUUGUACAGCUAUAGUUCAGAUUUGUUCAAUAUUUGUAGGUAAAGAUUUAUUGAAAAUGGUGAUAUAGACCUCAGAGCUGUUAUCUUAGUUUAAAAGAUUGUAUAUGUACUGUACUAUAGUAGGACUUUAUGUAUCUCAUACGCUGUGAUAUGUGGAUUGAGGGGGGGGGGAGGGAGGGAGGGGAAAGGGGGCCCCCAGAUGGAAGGUAUGAAACUGGAUUCUCGAUUUUAGCGCAAAAAACAAACCCAAACAUGAAAAAGACACAUAAAAAAAUUAAAACAAAACAAAAAAAAAAGGAGAAAAAAAAGAGAGAAAGAAAGAAAAGGAAAGAAGAAAAGGAAGAGGAAAAAAAAAAAGGCACAUAGUUUAAAAAAAUAAAAGUUUCUCAUGUUGUGCAAUAUAAAAUAACAAACCAUCUGCAUCUUUUGUAGCAAACGAUGGCAAAAAAAGACAAGAAGGUUAAAAAAAAAUAAGAAAUUAAGCAGCAGACUUGUGCACUGUCAAACAUCAUAGCCUGGUUCUUUUUUGGUUUUUUUGGGUUUUUUUUUAGUUAUUUUUCUUCCUUUUUUUUUUUAAUGCUGAAAGUCUGUAUCUUGACAAUUUUAAUAAAUCAGCUGGAACUGAUAGAAA